AUGGCUUUGAUUUCACAUGCACAUCAAGGUGUCGUUGACGCCAUGGAAUCCGUUAUCGCGCCGCACGUUCCUACGUCCAUUGAUCUAAGAGACAAAGUCUUCCAUCUUAAAACGCAGAUCGAGUCGAUCGAGGAUGCCCCUGGACACACCUCAGAAGCAUCUGGCGAAGCCAACUUGAUCACUGAGAGCGAUGCUGAGCCCCAGGAUAUCGCGCGACGGAAGCGCGCCGCAGAAAUGCAGAUGUGGUGGGAUGAAGCGAUCGUGCGGAACAUGGAUCUGCCUGACGGAUACGCAAAGGUUGCUGUAUUGCUUGUGAAAUGGGAAGAUGAGUUGGACGAGCUCAAGACGAGAGCUGAGGCUGAAGAAUUAGACGCCGUUUUCCGCGAACGGUUCCAUUUUGUCACCAAAACAGUCGAGCUCAAUGUCGCUACCAAACCGCAACAACAGAUGCGCACUUACAUGAGUGCCUUCAUACAAAAGCAUGACGGACCGCACAAUCUCUUGAUUGUAUACUACACCGGGCAUGGCGUUUAUCGAGAGGACCACAAACAUCUUGAGCUCACAGCGAGUCUAAAUUCCUUGGUUAGACGCGGGUUCAGUCAGGAAGCCAGGUGCAAUUGGAACAAGAUUCAAGAAAUCCUUCAGGAGGACGAUGUAGAAUCGGACGUACUCACGAUUCUGGACACUUGCUAUUCGAGCAAUUUGGCAAAGGGUGGGAAAGAGGAGACUAGGACAUUCGAGCUUCUAAGCGCUUGUGCCAUUGAUUCAACGACGGCUGCACCGGGGGACAACAGCUUCACCCGCGCCCUGAUCGACACGCUAAAGAGACUUCACGGGCAAUAUGGUGAGAAGGGCUUCACAACGUUCCAUCUGAACCAGGGGAUUGCUCUCGACAAGAGGCGCCAUGACACGCCGUCGCAGCUAUGGUUCCUUAAACAGCAUCACGGGCGGCAUAUACACCUUGCCCCCCUCAAGUCACAACCGACACGCGAGCUGAAAGCUCGGCGACUCCAUCCCCUGCCGCGCGGCUACCUCACGCUUCGGUUCGCGCUGCGCGAUGAAACACUCACGCAGGAACAAAUUGAGUUUCUGACGCUGCAGCUGUCUAAAGCGUUUAAUAAUAAGCUACUCGUUGGCUUAAGUCGUAUAGACUGGCUCGGGAUCAAGCCAGCGCGGACCACAUACUUCGGCAGGGCAGCACUUGCCCUGUUCGCGAUCGCGCAAUGGAAGAGAGUCGUCGAGAAGAGUCGUCAAGGGGAAAGACCACUGGAUGAAGUCUCGUUACCCGUCGAUUUAACGAUCGAUGAGCCACCAAUUGUUACUCCUCGGAAACGUUCUCGUGACAGCUUCAGUAGCGAGCCUGGACCUGAGCGAAUGCGCGACUAUUUUGUCGCUCCACAACCGCCCUCACCCCCAGUAUCUGAUUCGUCUAAAGCCCAGCACGCAACAUCAGGCACCUAA